GUUCCAGUACCGAUUUCCCGAUUUGUUUAAUGUCAAAGUCGGUGGAGGCUGGAGAGGUGCGACCAGAGAUUUGCCAUUUCAUUUAGUGUCCACCAGUGUUUACUAAUAAUUAGAACAAUGGAUAUCUCCGUUCCUUCAAGAUUCGCUUGCUUAAAAAUCGAAGACGACGAUUUCCGUCCGGCAAGCAGCCACCACGCCAAAAAGAAGCAAGAAAAAGUGGAAACCAAGAAACCCAACAGUGCCGCAAAGGAGGCAUCGAAAAGUUCUUGGACGGCUACAAGAAAAAAGGGAAACACUACCGAAAAGCCCAAGACGGCAACAACUGUAAAGAAACCGAAGCAUAAACAAAAGGGGGAAUUUGAAAAAAAUUGGGAGGAAUGGCAAAAAAAGGACGACGAGUUUGUGAACGACGUUUUCGAGGAACAGAUGCAAAAUGCAAUUAUGCAGUCCAAGCUCGAAUUUGAGCAGCAGAAAAAAACUGUUAAAUCUGAAUCGGAACAGAAUCAGGGCAAGAAGAAAAAGGGUAAAACUAUGAGUUGGGAUCAGUUUGUUGAUAAUAAAGAGGCCAAUAUCAAAGAACAAGAUAAAUCUAAAGACAAUGAGAAGAAUUUCUUCGACGACGUUGUUCAGACGGUUAAAAAGGAGAUUACAAGAGAGAAAAUCGAAGAAAAUAGGAAGAAAAGGCAAGAGAAGUUCGAUGAAGUUGUUGGACUUGCGCAACUUCAAGAGAAAUUAGAGGAGGAAAGGCAAAGGAAUAUAAAUUUAGAGAAGCAAUUGAAGGAGGCAAGAAAAGAAAUUUCAGUUGUAAAAAAGAGAAAUACCACACUUUGCAGUAUGCUUAGUCAAGGGGAAAUGAAAGAUAAGGCGGAAGUCCUAUUGGAGCUAGAGAGACUGACAGUGGUGAAAGAAGAACUCACUGAGGAAGUCGCUAAACUUUACAAGUUAUUGGAACAGGAGAGAUCGAGCAAGACAGCAGCAACUACAAACGAGCCCCAUCUAAAGCACAACAAAGACAAGAAAAAGAAGAACAAAUAGAUUUUUGUUGCAAAUGCUUUUCUAUUUCCUGAGACUGGUUUUUGUUUUGGUUUUCUAACUAAUUUAGUUUUAGUUUUUUUUUUAUUUUUAUACAUAUAUUAAUUAAUACAUUUCUGUUCAUAACUUUUAAAUUUACUUUGUGAUACUUCAUUGAUUAUUUUUUUUCUAGAAUAAGAAGUAAAAAAGACUUCCGACCGUAUCCUACCAUGAUCGGUAUUUGUACUUUCAUACCCUUUCUCUAAAUACGUUUAUAUAUUCGGUAUAUUUAAUUAAGAUUCCUUUAAAGAGAUGUUAUAGAAAGUUUAAAAUGAUUUUGAAAUAAAUUGUUUUCGAAUUAUCUA